AUGGCAAACACGUAGGUUCUCUCAGCACACUUUUGCUCAAGAUUUCGGUAAAGAACGGUUUGUUUUAGACCAUGGCACAGAAUUUAAAACUAGAAGAGUUGACAUCGUCUAGUGAUGUGCCAGGGGGGUCGGUAGGGGGUACAGAAGCGGGGGGUAUCGCGGCAGCUGGCGGCCCCACCCUCCCCCCUCUACGGGACAACCCUAAGCAGGGGCUAGCUCCGAUCGGGACCGAAGGACGACUGUUGCCUGUCACUAGACUGUCUCCUGUAACCGGCGCUGGGAACAAGGGCAUCCCGCUGUCAGAGUACUCCAUUCUCCCGAGAUCAGGGGCGAAAAGUCUGAAAACAUCGGAGACACACGGUAUCGGUAAGAGUAAAGUCGGUCCGAUCAAACCCGGAGCUGGACUCGGCACGUCCCUGUCUGUAAAACUGACAGUAGCGGGUCUGGCAGCGGCGGUCAUCCUGGCCGGGAGUAUACUGGCCGUCUUCAUUAUCAUCUCAAGAGACGAAUGCUCCUGGCAACUGUGCCAAAAUAACGCCCUGUGUACCGACGGUAUCGACCACUUUACCUGCACAUGCGUGUCAGGGUUCAACGGAACAUAUUGCGAGACAGAUAUUGACGAGUGUGCCAGUAACCCCUGUCAGAGCGGCGGGAACUGUACUGAUGGUGUGAACGGCUACAACUGUACCUGUCCCAGCGGGUUCGCUGGAGUCAACUGUGAAACGGGUGUGGAUGAAUGUGCCGGGAGCCCGUGUCAGAAUGGCGGGACAUGUGUGGAUGGAGUCAACCAGUUCUCCUGCACAUGUGCUGACGGAUUCGACGGAACGCUAUGCGACAUCGAUAUUGACGAGUGCGGCAGUAGUCCUUGUCAAAACGGAGGCACGUGUCAGGAUGGGGUAAACCAGUUCACGUGUGACUGUCUUGCCGGGUAUUUGGGAGAUGUGUGCGGGUCAGAGGAUGACGAAUGCGCCAGUGCCCCCUGUCAGAACGGGGGAGACUGUGUGGACGGAGUGAAUAUGUACACUUGUAACUGCGCGGAUGGAUUCGAAGGGGAUGAUUGUGAAAUAAAUUUUGAUGAAUGCCACAGUAGCCCCUGUCAGAAUGGAGGGGCCUGUAAUGACGCAGUGAACCAGUACACAUGUGACUGUGCUGGUGCUACUGGAUACGAGGGGACGCAUUGUGAAGCAGACAUAAACGGUUGCUCGCCUGACCCUUGCCACACGGUAGCCAACUGUGCCGACAACCCCGCCCCCGGCACCGGUGCCAUCUGCACCUGCGCCAUGGGAUAUGCCGGUGAUGGUCAGACCAGUGGGACUGGAUGUACAGACAUUGACGAAUGCGGCAGUGGCCCCUGUCAGAAUGGAGGAGACUGCGUGGACGAAGUGAACAUGUACACGUGCAACUGUGCAGCUGGGUACCAAGGGGACAAUUGUGAAACAAAUAUUAAUGAAUGUGCCAGCAACCCUUGUCAGAAUGGAGGAAACUGUGUGGAUGGAGUGAACCAGUACACGUGUACCUGUGCUGGCGGAUACGAGGGGACGCAUUGUGAAACAAACACUGACGAAUGCGCCAGCAACCCUUGUCAGAAUGGAGGCGCCUGUAAUGACGCAGUGAACCAGUACACAUGUACCUGUGCUGCCGGGUACGAGGGGACGCAUUGUGAAACAAACACUGACGAAUGCGCCAGCAACCCUUGUCAGAAUGGAGGCGCCUGUAAUGACGCAGUGAAUCAGUACACAUGUGACUGUGCUGGUGCCGCAGGAUACGAGGGGACGCAUUGUGAAACAGACACUGAUGAAUGCGGCAGCGGCCCUUGUCAGAAUGGAGGCGCCUGUAAUGACGCAGUGAACCAGUACACAUGUGACUGUGCUGGUGCUACUGGAUACGAGGGGACGCAUUGUGAAACAGAUACUGAUGAGUGCGCCAGCAGCCCUUGUCAGAAUGGAGGCGCCUGUAAUGACGCAGUGAACCAGUACACAUGUGACUGUGCUGGUGCUACUGGAUACGAGGGGACUCAUUGUGAAACAGACAUAGACGGUUGUGCAGCUACCCCGUGUGUCGACGACGCCACCUGUGACGACACUGCCGCUCCCGGCACCGGGGCCACCUGCACCUGUAACGCUGGAUUUGACGGUGACGGUCUGGCCAGCGGAUCUGGGUGUACAGCUACAACUACAGCUCCUCCGUGAGUUCAUGAGGCAUCGACAGAAGCUUAAGAGACAACAAACAACUUUUAUCAACCAGAGACUUGGAACCAUGACACGGCCUUAUGACUGUCCAGAUCAACGGAAAAAAUUUACACGUAACAAACGGUCCUACACCAACUGUACUAAGUACAUGUAUAUAGAUGAUGAGAGUUAAACUGUUCUCCAACUAAAAAAAGAAU